AGUUCAGAGUGAUAUGAACGCACAGAUGGAGUCACGAGCUCAGGGGGAAUGAAUUUGGAAAUGACAGAGAGAGACAGACAGCGCGGUGACUGAGGCUGGACGCUACAGUGAGAACAACAUCAGAAGAAUGGACAAGAGGAUUGUAAAAAAUCUGGAACCAGCAAGACCACUGCGCCGUCAAGGUUCAAAAUUGCCUCAAAGCUGUGCUGAGAUUAAGCCAGACAACAUUAUUAAAGUGGAGCAUUUCUAUGAAAUCCUGCAUCUUCAAAGUCCUCAACCAAAGAAGAAAGGCAUGUCCGAAAGAAUUUGCUACACUCGGGACUUCCUCAUCAAGAUGGCAAGUUGUCCGAUGGCUAAGAAGAAACCUGAGUUUUUACCAGAACAUCCAAUCGUUUUGGAGAAUGGAAGGACCAAUGACGUGCCCAGAUACUUCAUCACCAACUACAAUAACAACAACAGUGACGACGAAGACUUGGCUGCCUGAUGUGGAAUUUCUUAGUCUUUUUAUACAAUGGUCUAAAACUGCACUGCAUAUGGGCCAAAGUGGAAAGUGUAAAAAAAAAAAUGACCACAAGUUAAUUUAAUAACUUUCAUUGUUAUAAAAGGUCAAAUCACCUGAGGUUUUGUAUAGAAAAAAGAACACAUUUGUAUUCUAUGUAGGUGUUGCAAUGCUUGUUCCUAACCAGUCCACAGUACAGUGUUAAAUGAUACUACUAACAGGACUGAUGCCUUGAUCCUUGCAAAAGAUUCCACAUCCUAAUUUGUUGUUUUAAACUCACUCUUUGUCCUUUCUUGACCAUAGUCUUUUAUUUUAACUUAUCAGACGGUGGUGAUGUUGAACUCAGGCUUUUGAUCCUUGCCUAAUGUUGGUUGUGUUACUAGUCUAGUUUCAUGAUCUGCUGUGUCAAUUUAAUUAUUGUGGAGAUUUGGACUUGAAUUGUUUAAGAUU